AGUUUGUCGAGAACUGUUUGUCUGAACGCCCCCAAGAAAACGCCGAGCGGAGCAAAAAGCGGGACGCAGUUUGGGCCAAGUUUUUUGUGGCCCCCGUGCGUGCAGAAAAGUCUGAGAAAAGUGUCAGAAAAUUUGUUUUUCCAAAAACAGACAAGGGGCCAGCAUCAAAUUUCCCGGAUCGAAAGCGUGGAAAAUGUACACGCAGUAGUGCGGAAAAUGUGCGGCUAACGAAAGGAGGAGCGGAGGAGGUGGGAAAAGUUGCUGCACAUCAACACAACUGGAGAACACGAGAAACUUUUCAUAUCCCCGCAGUAAACGAUAAAAGCAAAAGUAGCAGCAGCCACAGCAAAAUGACAGCAAUAAGUUCAAGCAAUAAAACACAGCUAGCCAGAAGUUGCAAACAUGCACUCGCAGCACAAUAAGUACGGGCGGCGGUCGAAAGCUUUUAAAUAGGAGUUAAUCACCGGACUCCCCAUCCCGCAGAGCGCCCGGCACAACCGGGACACCCCAAUAAACUGCCAAAUAAUAUAGGAUAUUAGCCAGCCGGUGGACGGAAUCCAGCGAGGAGCGCAGGAAAGAAGCCCUACUGUCAGCCGGGACACUGAAACAUUCCACCCCAUAGCAUGGCCUCGGUCGCCGCUUGGCUGCCCUUCGCCCGGGCGGCGGCCAUCGGGUGGGUGCCGAUAGCCACCCACCCACUGCCACCGCCCCCGAUGCCCAAGGAUCGCCGCAAAACGGACGACGAGAAGCUCCUGAUCAACGUCUCCGGGCGGCGCUUCGAGACGUGGCGGAACACCUUGGAGAAGUAUCCGGACACCCUUUUAGGUUCCAAUGAAAGGGAGUUCUUCUACGACGAGGACUGCAAAGAGUACUUCUUCGAUCGGGACCCGGACAUCUUCCGGCACAUACUGAACUACUACCGGACGGGCAAGCUGCACUACCCGAAGCACGAAUGCCUCACCAGCUACGACGAGGAGCUGGCCUUCUUUGGCAUAAUGCCGGAUGUAAUAGGCGACUGCUGCUACGAGGACUAUCGGGACCGGAAGCGGGAGAACGCGGAGCGGCUGAUGGACGACAAGCUGUCGGAGAACGGGGAUCAGAAUCUGCAGCAGCUGACCAACAUGCGCCAGAAGAUGUGGCGGGCCUUCGAGAAUCCGCACACGUCGACGAGCGCCCUGGUGUUCUACUAUGUAACGGGUUUCUUCAUCGCCGUCUCCGUGAUGGCCAACGUGGUGGAGACGGUGCCGUGUGGCCACCGGCCGGGCAGAGCGGGAACUCUGCCCUGCGGCGAGCGCUACAAGAUCGUCUUCUUCUGCCUGGAUACCGCCUGCGUGAUGAUCUUCACGGCGGAGUACCUACUCCGACUCUUCGCCGCCCCCGAUCGCUGCAAGUUCGUGCGCUCGGUGAUGAGCAUCAUCGAUGUGGUGGCCAUUAUGCCGUACUACAUUGGCCUCGGGAUCACCGACAACGACGACGUGAGCGGUGCUUUCGUCACGCUGCGCGUGUUCCGUGUCUUCCGCAUCUUCAAGUUCUCGCGCCACUCGCAAGGACUCCGGAUCCUCGGCUACACGCUCAAGUCCUGCGCCAGCGAGCUGGGCUUCCUUGUCUUCUCGCUGGCCAUGGCCAUUAUCAUCUUUGCCACCGUCAUGUUCUACGCCGAGAAGAACGUCAAUGGCACCAACUUCACAUCGAUUCCGGCGGCCUUCUGGUAUACCAUCGUCACAAUGACGACGCUGGGAUAUGGCGACAUGGUGCCAGAGACAAUAGCUGGCAAAAUUGUGGGCGGCGUCUGCUCGCUCAGCGGUGUGCUGGUCAUCGCCUUACCUGUACCUGUUAUCGUAUCGAACUUUAGUAGAAUCUAUCACCAGAACCAGCGAGCGGACAAGCGCAAGGCGCAGCGGAAAGCUCGCCUGGCGCGCAUCCGCAUUGCCAAGGCCUCGUCCGGAGCCGCCUUUGUCAGCAAGAAGAAGGCCGCCGAGGCCCGGUGGGCUGCCCAGGAGUCGGGCAUCGAGCUGGAUGACAACUAUCGGGACGAGGACAUCUUCGAGCUGCAGCACCAUCACUUGCUGCGAUGUCUGGAGAAGACAACGGAUCGAGAAUUUGUCGAGUUAGAAAUACCGUUUAACGGCCAGCCCAAGAGGCCGGGCUCCCCGUCCCCGAUGGCCAGUCCCGCCCACUCGACAAACAGUGCCGCCGGCCUGCUGCAGUCCUGCUGCGGCCGCUGCUGCUCGCAGCGCUACCAGGCCUGCGGCAAGUACAUGCCGGCUGCCAGCAAUGCUCAGAAUAGCCAAAACAAUCAGCCCAUGGAUGGCACCUACCUGGUGGAGGCCUCGUUCUGAGCCGGCGGCAGCAGGUUGGCGCCGAGAUGCACAUCCUCGGCCAGGGCGGCAGUCACAUCCCAAUCCAGAUCGAGAUGAUUUACGUUUACGUUUAGUCUAACUUGAAAAGUUUUUAAACUAAAUUGAAUUCGUUUUGUAGACAUGUCGUGUGUGUUUAGUCGCCAAAUAUAAAAUUGAUGGACCCGAGGAAUAACUGAAGCCGAAAUACAACUGUAAUCUCUAAAAUCUGAUUUUCGAGUUUAACGAGCAAAAUAUUUAGAUAAAUGCAAGCACUUGCAGACUCAAAUGAAAGCAAACACCGAAUGUGUAAAGUAUGAUGGGCACAUUAAAAUAAAACAAGUAACAAAUGAAGUAUGUAAAAGUAUGCCCAACCCAGUUUCUGCGGCGGCAAAGUCGGAUUUGAUUAGCGAGGACCCGUUAAUGAAAAAACCCAAAUAUUAAUUAUAAUAAUAUGCAACACUAUUUACUUUAUUUAGGUGACAAGACAACAACAGCAAACAACAGAAACCGAAGCAUUUUAGAGGAAUUUACUGUGUAUGUUUUAAUAACGUGAACAUAAAGUAGCAUAGCAGGCGAAAUAGUUUGAAGAGAGUACUAGAAAGAUCUAGCUAAUAGGAUCUAUAACUGACGACAAGGGCAGAGUCCAAAAAACCAAUUGAACAAAAUCCGAACACAAUAAGGAACAUUUUAACAGCAAACGAUUUGUGUGGCCAGGAAACGAGGAAGGAUUGAAAGUUUGCGAGAAAAUUAUGAUGAUAUUAAUACGAAUUCGUGCGUGUAUUUUUUAAGUGGUCCGUAGUUUAGUAGUUAUGAUCUUCAUCCCCUACUUCCCUAUUCUUUCUCAUCGACAAUGAUCUAUUACCGCAUUUGUGUGACAACCUCAUUUUCCCCCCUAACAAAUUAUGUAUAUGUGUGUACAGCAAAGAGGUUUCAGUUCGUCAUUCAACAUUUUCCAUCCUUUUUCCGAAGUACUCCAAAAUGAACUAAUCAAAAUCUAUUGAAAAACUAAAAAUUACAACUUUCUUCCAAGAACUAAGUUAGCGAGAUAUCUAUUUAAAUGUAUAUGUGUGUGUAGGAAAGGCUUUAACGAAUUGGAACAUUAAUUAACUAAAUGAACUCUUAGCAAAUUCUAACAGAAACUUAAAGUAUAUUAAUUAAUUCUAAAUUAAAAUCAAACAUUUAAAAUUAGUUCAAGUAAACAACUUAAAAGAUAACAACAACAUAAAUAUGGAGCUUGUAUGUAUGUAUGAUAAAUUUAUAAUGAUUACUCUAAUUAUUAUUAUUAGUCGGCGAUGAAUACGAUAAUAGUGUUGCCCAUUUGUUUCUAACUCUCUAAGUUGCCUAAUAAUUUCCCAAAACAAAACAAGCUAAACAAACAAAACUAACAGCUUUUGUUUAUCAAAACGAAGUUGUGCAUAAAGCGCUUAAGAGGCGAUUUAUGAUUAGAUCGGAGAUUUACGAAAACCACAUCACGAUAACAAACAAAGAAAUUUGGUUACUAAAACCAACUCUUGUAGCGAUAUUCUAAAAGAAAACCAAAACUAUCAGAUUAACGAAAGUCGGGGUCGAAACCCAAAUCCGAUGGAGGAAGACGACAUUUCUCUUUUUAUUUUUAGUGAUAUGUAAUUCGAAUUGAGUAACAGCAAAAACAAAUACUCUGCCACGGGUCUCUGAGAAUGAAAAAGCUAAAGAUUAAUAAUGAAUAAAAUAAAGAAAUCUGUUUACUUCCACCAUAAA